CAUAUACGUGACUGCGUGUUGAAAUCAACUUCAUCGUUGCUUCAUCAUUCUUGGGUCACAUGGGUGGCAAAUCAUCGUUUCUCUAAACAUCGUGUACUUUGGCUGCCAGAGACAGAUCGACUACAGUAAUCAUGUUGAAACUCCCCAUCACGGAUCCGGCCAUUCGGAUAGUUCCCUCUAAAGAUUUGAAACAGUUUAUUGGAAGUAAAAUUGAGACAUCUUCGUCAACGCCGCAGUCGGUGCGUGAUAUAUGUGCGGCUUUUAGCACUGCCAAACGGACCGGGACGAAACUCGAUGAUACCGGCAAUCCCGUUUCAAAAGCGACCAUCGAAACGGUGCAAUUUACGGCACAAGAACUGAAAGUAAUAGGAGAAUGCAUCGCCACCAAAAGUGAUCCAGUGGACGAAACAUUACAACAGCCCUGUGGACUAGAUAUGGACGAUGCGAAAGAAGAAGCCACCUCCGCGGGAUUGGGACUGUCGGACGUUAAAUGGUUAUACGCCACACUCAACGAAAUGCGGCAGUCCGAUGAAACGGUUCCCUAUUUGCACACGUUGCUGCAAGGAUGCCAACUUGUAUUGCCGCAGAACCCGGAACAGGAACGAAAUCCGGUCUUGGAGGAACGCUGUAAGCUACUAAGGAAGCAGCAGGAAGACCGAGACUACCAGCGGAUGACGAAGAACGUUGAUAGUAUCCGCCGGCACAUGCCCGAGGAAACGAUUGCGUACCAAAUGAAGCAAAUAAAUCGACAUCUGAUUGCGGUGGCCCAGUUUUUGUUUUCCGUGGCCGCUGGGUUUGCUUUCGGGUUUAUCGGCAUCGCACUGAUCGUGGGAGAGAUGGAUUUCGGUGUCCGUUUGAUGCUGGGCAUCGUAAUCGCGCUCGUAAUCGCUCUGGCUGAAAUCUACUUCCUGGCGAAGAGACUUAACGCGGAAUACGACUUAGCGGUGCCGCCACCGAUGGCUGCCCCGAAAGAGAUAGCUACGAAGGUGGUAGAAAGCGUUUCAAUCGUACCCAAGGGCAAGCGCGGAGCAAAAAAGAAGCAGCACAAGGAUUAAGGACCCACAGGGCUUCAAAUUGAUCGACAUAAAUAGGGAGCCAUUAUACUAUGUAGAAAUGCAUG